CCUCACGACGCAAAAUUUGGAGAUCCAUUACCAUUCGCAUUUCUGGUCGAAACCCUCAGUACCAAGCAUUAAAUUUUCUAUCGCUCGCUCUGAUUGAACUCUGGAUAAAACCUUGGAUCGAACCGUGGCUCCGACAGGGCCACCGAAAGCCCUCACUCAGAGAAGAAAAGCAUCGUCGUCAACUGCUACUGCCUACAGUAGAAAUUCAAGAAGAGCUUCACAAUCGCAAUCACAUUCUGAGUUUCCGUUUUGGCAACAGAAUUGGUUCUUAGUAUUACUCUUCCUCGUCGCUAUGGCCUUCUUCGCUCUUGCUAUCUUUCUCUUCCUCGGUCUCAAUAUGGACGAUUGGUCUCCAUCCUCUGCGACGGCUGCUUCCUCUGAAGGGGUCGAGAUUACUUAUGGGACAACUCUUAAGCUGAUGCAUGAACGGACGAAAUUUCGGCUGCACUCACACGAUGUCCCGUAUGGCUCUGGCAGUGGCCAGCAGUCCGUUACGGGUUUCCCCAAUGUUGAUGACUCAAAUAGCUACUGGAUUGUUAGGCCUGUCCCAGGGACAUCUGCCAAACAAGGUGACACCAUUACGACCGGGACCAUCAUUCGAUUGCAGCACAUGAGGACUAGAAAAUGGCUGCACAGCCAUUUGCAUGCAUCCCCAAUUUCAGGCAACCUUGAGGUGAGCUGCUUUGGAGGAGAACAUGAUUCUGAUACUGGGGAUUAUUGGAGGCUUAUGAUUGAAGGGAGUGGGAAGACUUGGAAGCAAGAUCAACGGGUUCGGCUUCAACAUGUUGACACUGGUGGCUAUUUGCACAGUCAUGACAAGAAAUAUCAGCGGAUAGCUGGUGGGCAGCAGGAGGUAUGCGGCAUCCGAGAGAAGCGAGCUGAUAAUGUGUGGUUGGCAGCUGAAGGUGUGUACCUCCCUGUUACCGAAAGCAAGUAGAUAUUAUGGGGGAUUUUCCCUGUAAAAGCAGGUGCAUGGGUUUUGGACUCUUAAGGUGGCUGGUACCUGUUUUUCUGGUAGUGUAGACGCUCUACUACGUGAAAGAAGAAAUGCAUUAUAGAGUAUAACAUUUUGCUUUUAAAAUUCCAUCUUAUGUACUCUGCAUGUGAUAUCCGACCACCGGAGAAUACUCAUCGUAACAUAACUAGUAUUUUGUUCAUGAUUCUUAAAUAGAAAUCAAGUUAAACAGCAUCAUCUAUCUAGGGAUGUUCUAUAAGCAAAUCUUGUUUCCAUUUGUGUGCAA